GAUUUUUUUGUUCAAUGAAUCCUUUUAAUCAAAUCAAGGACAAAAAUCCCAGUAAUUAUUUGCAAAUUCUUGAGAAAUACAAAGAAACACCAAAAGUAAAUCACAUCAAAGUUAUCUAUCAGGCUCUUGAAGCUAUGGAAGAUUUUAAAGCAGAUAAACAGUUAAACUCUUAUAAAAGUCUCAUUAAUCUGAUGCCUAAAAAUAAAUAUGCAGCAGAAAAUGUUCUCCAGGCAGAACUAAUGCAUUUUCCCCGUCACCAACAGUGUGUAAUCGAUGUGCUGCAACAAAUGGAAGACAAUGGAAUUAUGCCAGACAAAGAGCUGGGAUCAAUUAUUGUUAAAAUUUUCGGUAAACAAAGUUACGCACUUUCAAAGUACUUGAGGAUGAUUUACUGGAUGUCUAAAGUGAAGGACGCCUCACCUUGGAAACUUCCAGAGGUUAUGCCUGAAAAUCAAGUAGAAUUGGCGAAAAUUGCACUGAAACGAAUCACUGAUGUUGAUGAAGAAACACAGCUGACUCAGCAUAACUUGGACGAAGGGUUUUGGAUUAUUUCUGCUCAAAGUCCACAGCAAAAACAACUUCUGAACAAGUUCAAAGGUGUCGUCAAUGUGGAUGGGCCGUUUAAGGUGCAUUUAAAGCUCAAUGUGGUUAAAUACUUUAUUUUAAAAGGGGAUAAUAACGAAAAAAGGAAAAAUUCAGUACACGAACAGGAGGAUGGAAUUAUUUUUGGUAUCUGCGUCACAAAUAACCCGUGUAGAAAAACAUUGCUGAAAUGGAUACAAUUAGUUGGAAAGCCUGAAGAUCACGUUACAAUUUUGGCAACUUUAAACAAUAAUAAAUCUUAACUUUCA